AUGCCGUGCUCAACAUGCAACUUACAUAGUUCACAUGGAGAAAGAUCAGAUGCCCUCAAGCUUCAAGCAACAUUCUCUUUGGUACGAGUCCUCUCUCAGGACCGUCAGAGAAUCUGCCGAAGUGCUAUACACCUACAGCAAUGCGAUCCACGGAUUCGCAUGUCGCCUUACUCCAGAAGAAGUGGAGUCGCUCCUGACUCAACAUGGGGUCAUCUCGAUUCUCCCAGAGCGAGAUCGGAGCUAGAUUCUUUGCGUGGUUACGAAGAAAAGUAUGGACCCAUUGACGAAUCCAAAGAGUCAAAAUCUCCAAGAGACAACUACGGUCAUGGAACCCACACGUCAUCAACCGCGGCAGGAUCCGUCAUGAAUGGCGCUAAUCUGCUAGGGUUCUCUACCGGCAAUGCUUGGGGAUGGGCCGCGGCGCUCGAGUAG